AAUUACUUAUUUACUCAACUUAACUUAAAAACCCCAGUGUUUGAUAAUUCGCCGUACAGUUCGCACUACAAAAAUGCUUUAUCAAAAUAACGGUGCUUAUAAAAUUCCAGUUCUAGGACUUGGUACAUUCCUUAGUACAGAUGAACAAGUUUUGAAGAACGUUCUAAACGCAGCUUUAGAGCAGGGCUAUCGCCACAUCGACACUGCUGCGGUGUACAAAAACGAACACAUCAUUGGGAGCGUGUUGAAAGAAUGGAUAUCAUCAGGAAAAGUGAAACGAGAAGAUUUAUUCAUAACCACCAAGCUACAACCCAGCUUUCUAUUUGAAGAUAAAGUGGAAGAAGCUAUGAAAAGCUCUUUGGAUAACCUGCAAUUGGAUUACGUCGAUUUGUGGUUGAUUCACUUGCCGAUCGCUAUGAAAUACGAAGAGGGCGGGAAAUUGGAGCCGCAACCCACAAAUUUGGAGGCCGUUUGGAAAAAAAUGGAAGAACAAGUCGACGCAGGUAAAACGAGGACGAUCGGCGUGUCCAAUUUCAACAUAUCGCAGAUACAAAGAAUCAAAAACAUCGCCAGAAUCCAGCCAGCGAAUCUUCAAGUCGAAAUUAACUUGUUUUUCCAAAACAAGGAGCUGGUUCAGUUCGCACUCAAAAACAACAUGUCUGUGGUCGCUUACGGUCCGUUAGGUAACCCAGGACUUCCUGCUGCUCGAAGAGAAGGAUUACCGAGCGUGCUCGAAGACGAAACUGUUAAGAAAAUAGCCACUAAGCACAACAAAACUGCAGCUCAGGUGGCGUUUAGAUACUUGGUACAAAAAGGUCUUGUGACCAUACCAAAAUGCUCGAGUGCGGCGAGAGUGAAGGAAAAUAUUGACAUAUUUGAUUUUGAAUUAGACGCGAACGAUAUGAAAGUUUUAGAGGGUUUGGACAGAGGUGAAGCGGCAAGAGUUUUCUCUAUGAAACUCACACCUGGUAUUGAAGACCAUCCAGAAUUUCCCUUCAAGAAUUGAAAGAAAAUUAUGCAAAUGUAUACGUGAUUAGGAAACAUGGCUUGUACACUAUGCGUUAAAUAAAGUGAUGGCAUUAAAACGUA